AUGAUCUUUACGUCUCCCUCGUGGUUUGCCUUGGAGGGAAAUGCCCGUUUACCCCCACAGUGCGGUGGCAAGGCGCCAUUUGUGGACGCCAUCACGGGCAAGUCAUACUCGACCACAGAGCUCCAGGAGCGAGUUGAAUGCCUAUCCCGCGCACUGGCUCGAGAUUUGGGGGUGGUCUUCUAA